GCUCGCGCAACACGGUUCCCCCGCCCUUUUCCAACAACCUUCCGCCCCUCCACCUUCCUCAACGGACUCGCACGGCUUCUUCACCUCCUCCUCCCCCCCGCGCGGUAACGCAGCACCGGCAGCCACCUCUUCCCCGCCACGCGCCCACGCCCGUCGCCCUCCGCGAACGCCGCGCGUAAACCCUAAUUAACACCCCACCCCGCCACCCAGCACGCGACAGACACGAGCUGCUAGCGCCGCCGGGAGGUUAGUUUCAGCCAUCAUGCGGCGGUCGGAGUGGGAGGACCGGUGCAAGCGGCACCCGGAGCACCGGAUGUCCAAGGGCGUCUGCCCCUCCUGCCUCCGCGACCGCCUCGCGCACCUCUCCGCCUCCUCCUCGGCGACAACCACCACGCGCGCCUCCUCCUCGUCGGCGACGACGUCGCCCUACUCCUCCGGGGGCUCGUCCCCGCCGCCCCACCACGCCGCGCUCUCGGCGGACGUCACCUCGGUCCACGUCCUCGGCGGGGCGCCCUCCAACGGCGCCUCCUUCGUCAACGUCGCGGCCUUCUCGCAGCCGCUGAUGCCGACCUCUAUCAGGAAGCAGGCCGCAGGGAGGCAACCAGAGGCGGCGAAGGGGAAUAAGGGGGAGGUGAAGAAGAAGAAGAGCGGCAAGAAGAAGAAGAUCGGGAGGUUCCUGUCCAGGCUCGUGGGCACGGAGAAGCGGCGGCAGGCCGGCGACGGCGACGGCGACGGCGGCGGGCUCUUCCACUCCAAGACCAUGAAGGAGAAGACGACUUCCAAGUGGGUAUUCUUCUGAAGUUCUCUCGUCAGAUGCCGACACCAUGCACGCACUGCACGUAUGGGGAUGCCGGUAUCCUCGACCGAUCGGCUCUUCAUCGCUAGAUCCUGAUACUCCCCGGUAUAUAUAUUAUUCUUUUCAAGUACUUCUGUGCUUGAUCUGGAGUUUUUGCAUGGUUUCUUAAUUGGGCUGUGUACAAGAGAUUAAGCCAAAACUUGUGAUCAUUUUGUACUGUUUGGGAAUCUGUGUAUGCUUAUUUGUAAAUCAGAAGAAAAAAAAUAACAGGAAGUGUGUAUCGAGUAUGUAGUGUUUAAUCUGUAUAGUUUGUGCCAUGCACGAGAAAUUCUUUGGAUUGACCAACAAUCCAACCGAUUUUCCGUUUUAGAAACAGUGAAUUAUCUGAAAACCUUUUUCUUUUUGUA